UUCCGGACUGUGCGUUCCACAUACAGGAAGUGAGUUUUCAUCGACUGCUGCAGCCUCGCAGUGUCCGUGGAGAUCAGGAACUCCAGCUGUGGGGAACAGAGUCUUUAUUACACAUCACACGUUCUGUAUUCUCUCUGAUUCACCGAAGAUGGACAAGGACAGGACUGAGAGGAUAAUAAAAAUCACCCUGGAGAUCAUUUACCUGCUGACUGGGGAGGAUUACACAGUAGUGAAGAAGACAUCCAAUGAGUGUGAGAUACUCAACAGCCAUCCCCGUGUGUCAGGAGGACUGAGUAGAACCCAGAGCCCCAUCCCAGUGCCUCCACCUCUCUCACUAAUACAUGAGAGACACAAUGACCAAAAGAUCCUGGAACUCACCAACAAUAUCAUUCAGCUGCUAACUGGAGAGGUGACUGCUGGGAAUGGGACAUUAUACAGUAACACCGGGGAGGUGGAGUGUAUAGAGGAACACAGGGGUCUGUACAAGGACGUGAUGAUGGAGAAUCACCGGCCCCUCAUAUCACUGGAUGGACCCAGUAACAGAGAUAUCUCAGAGAGAUGUCCCCGUCCUCUGUAUACCCAGGACUGUACAGAGGAGAAUCACAGGAUCCCACAAGAGGAUCAGGGUGAAGCCCAAUUAAAUAAUAUUAAAAUCAAAGAUACAGAGGGAGAAGAAGAGACGUAUGUGACUGAUAUAAAGGCAGAAGAUACAGAGGGAGAAGAAGAGACUUAUGUGACUGAUAAGAAGGCAGAAGACAUAGAUGGAGAAGAAGAGACAUAUGUGACUGAUAUAAAGGCAGAAGAUAUAGAGGGAGAAGAAGAGACGUAUGUGACUGAUAUGAAGGUAGAAGAUAUAGAUGGAGAAGAAGAGACAUAUGUGACUGAUAUAGAGACAGAAGAUGCAGAGGGAGAAGAAGAGACUUAUGUGACUGAUAUAGAGACAGAAGAUGCAGAGGGAGAAGAAGAGACGUAUGUGACUGAUAUAAAGGCAGAAGAUACAGAGGGUGAAGAAGAGACGUAUGUGAGGGAAGAUCAGCAAUGUAAGGAGGAGGAGAUCCCUACAGAUAUCAGCACAGCAGAUGGACACACAAGCAGGAACAUCUCAGAAGGACAUCUAAUGUUAUCCCCGGAUUGUGACAUAAAAGAUAAUGACAGUAGACAGGAUUCUCCAGGAGCUAAUCCCAUUACCCCAAUUAUACAUCCAGCUCUAUCAGCUGGUCCCUCUGAUCCUGGGAAAUGUUCUGCUGAUAACUCUGAUAUUGGUGCAUCUGUUACAGCUCUGAGAGUAGAUACAGUGUUUCCCUGUUCUAUAGAUGCCAAAUGUUUUACACAGAACACAAAACGUAUUACCCAUCAGCCAGCUAAGGAAGGUGAGAGGCCAUUUCCAUGUUCUGAGUGUGGGAAAUGUUUUGCACGGAAAUCAAAUCUUGUUAUACAUCAGAGAAGUCACACAGGUGAGAAGCCGUUUUCUUGUUCUGAGUGUGGGAAAUGUUUUUCCCAGAAAUCACAACUUGUUACACAUCAGAGAAGUCACACAGGUGAGAAGCCAUUUUCUUGCUCUGAGUGUGGGAAAUGUUUUAGAUGGAAAACACAACUUGUUACACAUCACAGAAGUCACACAGGUGAGAAGCCAUUUUCUUGCUCUGAGUGUGGAAAACAUUGUUUAAAUAAAUCACAUCUUGUUAUACAUCAGAGAAGUCACACAGGUGAGAAGCCAUUUUCUUGCUCUGAGUGCGGUAAAUGUUUUUCCCAGAAAUCACCACUUGUUACACAUCAGCGAAGUCACACAGGUGAGAAGCCAUUUUCUUGCUCUGAGUGUGGGAAAUGUUUUACACGGAAAUCACAACUUGUUAGACAUCGGAGAACUCGCACAGGUGAGAAUACAUUUCCAUGUUCUGAGUGUGGGAAAUGUUCUGCACACAAAUCAGAUCUUAGAAACCAGGAAAUGGACAUGGUUAUUGAUACAGCAGUGACGAAUACCAUGGAUUCCUCUAUUGUGACUAUGCUGGAAGGAAAGAUAUUCAAUUUAUCUGAUAGGUCAUUGACUACGCAUGAAGUGAAAGUACUGCAAAAAGGCCUAAACUUUGCACCAACAAGUAAGCCCAACUCCUUUGACGUCUUUUUAGACGUUCAAAAAUGUAUUCGUAAAUUAACUAUUAAAAAGUUUUUUCAAAAUAAGGAGAAUACGGAUGUAGGUGUGGAGUAUAGUGGGGAAAUAUCUCGAUUUAAAGCUCCCUCCACGUUUUACCCUAUCCAAUCGAGAGGAAAUUGUUUAGAGGUUUUCAAUAAAGUUGUUUGUAGAGAGAUCGAGAAAGAGAUACAAAAAGGUGGUAAAAAGAACAAACCUAACCUGACCAAAAAGGAAUUCGAGGCCAUUCAAUCCUUGAAAGAUGACAAGGAUUUAAUUAUCAAGCCGGCAGAUAAGGGUGGAGGGGUGGUCCUUAUGAAAAGGGAAUCAUAUAUGGAGGAGGUGUACAAACAGCUUAAUGAAGGAGGUACUUAUCAGAAACUCAAAGCGGAUCCAACGGUGCGCAUUGCGAAGGCACUGCUGGAUCUUAGCACGCAAGCCUUGGACAACAAGGUAAUUACAAAAGGUGAACAUGAGUUUCUGAAUGUCAAGAACCCCACCAUACCCACCAUGUAUGUUCUCCCAAAGGUUCACAAGGACCCCCUCCACCCCCCCGGUAGACCCAUAGUAUCUGGGUGCAACAGCCUUACCAGUAAUCUUUCAGCUAUGGUCAACCACUAUUUACAGCCUAUAGUGGUAACUACAAGAUCUUUCGUAAAAGAUACUGGGGAUAUUUUGAGGAGCCUGACAAACUACAAAUGGGAAAUAGGAGAUUUCCUAUGUACAGCCGAUGUAUGUACUUUAUACACAAUUAUAGAUUUGGAAAAAGGCCUCAUGGCAGUCUCGUAUUUUCUAAGUAAAAGCAGCUAUAAUGAAUCCAUCAGGAUGUUCAUUAUGGAGAGUAUUAGAUUCAUCCAACUAAACAACUAUUUUUUCUUUGACGGUACUUUUUAUUUACAGCGGAUUGGCACCGCCAUGGGCACCAGGUUCGCCCCCAGUUAUGCCAAUUUAUUUAUGGCAUACUGGGAGGACACCCAGAUCUGGAGGGAUGGUGUGCUGGUGGCGGGCCUGGUGUCCUGGCGGCGUUAUAUCGAUGACGUGUUUUUUGUGUGGCGCGGAGAUGAAGAGUCACUUAAAACAUUCUGUCAGAGACUCAAUCUGAAUGAUGUAAAUAUCAAAUUCACUUUCACACAGAGUCAGAGGGAGGUGUCCUUCCUUGACCUGAGCAUUUAUAUCCAAGAUGGUGAGGUUCAUUCAAAAACUUAUAGGAAAAAAACAGAUUCUAACAGUUUCAUUGACAGAACAAGUCAACACCAUGCACACUGGCUGGAUGGGAUUCCAUUCAGUCAGUUUACACGGGUCAAGAGGAACUGUUCAGAUACAGGAAUAUGCAACCAGCAAUUGGAUGAACUUACAGGUCGAUUAGUGCAAAAAGGAUACGCACCAAAUGUCCUUGAGUCUGCCAGAGCAAGGGUAGAUGGGGUGGAUAGAUCGCAACUUUUGACUAUAAAAGAGAAAUCCACCAAUUCUGAUGAUAGAUUCAAAUGGGCAUUCGUCAGCCAGUAUAGUAGUUCCUUUAAAAGUAUAGAGAAAAUUUUCAUCAACAACUGGAAUAUUCUGAAACAAGACAUGGUGAUUGGUGAAUUGUUGCCAGAUAGACCCACAUUUAUUUAUAGAAAGGCUCAAUCACUAAAGAAUCAACUUGUGAGGAGUAGCCUUGACCUAGAGUUGAGACAGAGUGUGAGGACUAAAGGCUUUCACCGCUGUGGUGACUGCCUUAUGUGCAAGACUGUUAAGGUUCCAGUGAGGAAAUUCACGGAAUAUAUUGUUAAUGGCCAUAAAUAUCCCAUUCGGGAUUUCAUCACAUGUCAUACGAAAAAUAUUAUAUACGUGCUCGAAUGCACCUGCGGCCUUGCUUAUGUUGGUAAAACAGGAAGAAGUGGUAAGGCAGAAGAUAUAGAGGAAGAAGAAGAGACAUAUGUGACUAAUAUGAAGGGACAAGAAGAGACGUAUGUGACUGAUAUAAAGGCAGAAGAUAUAAGGAGAGAAGAAGAGACAUACGUACGGACCUUAAGUCGUAAGCGUUAUUUUGCACUUAAAACCCUUAAAGCACAUAAAGUAGAUGAAAACCCCAUUGUACUGGAUAUGGAUGAUGAUAUUGCUGUGCAGAUAUUAGAAUCAUUACAACAGAAGGGGGCAGGAGGUCCUACUCAGGAUGAAGCUGUUACUGUCCCAAUCUACGAUCACACAAGCAGGAAUAUCUCAGAAGGACAUCUAAUGUUAUCCCCGGAUUGUGACAUAAAAGAUAAUGACAGUAUACAGGAUUCUCCAGGAGAUAACCCCAUUACCCGAAUUAUACAUCCAGCUCUAUCAGUUUAUCCCCCUGAUCCUGGGAAAUGUUCUCCUGAUCACUCUGAAAUUGGUGCAUCUGUUACAGCUCUGACAGUAGAUAUAGAGUUUCCCUGUUCUAUAGAUGCAAAAUGUAUUACACAGAACACAAAGCCUAUUACCCAUCAGCCAGCUGAGAGGCCAUUUCCAUGUUCUGAGUGUGGGAACUGUUUUGCAUACAAAUCACAUCUUGUUAUACAUCAGAGAAGUCACACAGGUGAGAGGCCAUAUUCCUGUUCUGAGUGUGGGAAAUGUUUCGCACACACAUCAGCUCUUGUUACACAUCAGAGAAGUCACACAGGUGAGAAGCCAUAUUCCUGUUCUGAGUGUGGGAAAUGUUUCUCACAGACAUCAGCUCUUGUUACACAUCAGAGAAGUCACACAGGUGAGAAGCCAUAUUCCUGUUCUGAGUGUGGGAAAUGUUUCGCACAGACAUCAGCUCUUGUUACACAUCAGAGAAGUCACACAGGUGAGAAGCCGUACUCCUGUUCUGAGUGUGGGAAAUGUUUUGCAUACAAAUCACAUUUAGUUUUUCAUCAGCGUGCUCACACAGGUGAGAGGCCAUUUUCCUGUUCUGAUUGUGGGAAAUGUUUUGCAUCAAAAUCAGAUCUUGUUCCACAUCAGAGAAGUCACACAGGUGAAAAGCCGUAUUCCUGUUCUGAGUGUGGUCAAUGUUUUGCACAGAAAUCACAUCUUGUUAGACAUGAGAGAAGACACACAGGUGAGAAGUCAUUUUCCUGUUCCGAGUGUGGGAAAUGUUUUGCACAGAAAUCAGAUCUUGUUCCACAUCAGAGAAGUCACACAGGUGAAAAGCCGUAUUCCUGUUCCGAGUGUGGAAAAUGUUUUGUACGGAAAUCAGUUCUUGUUAGACAUGAGAGAAGUCACACAGGUGAGAAGUAAUUUUCCUGUUCCGAGUGGGGGAAAUGUUUUGCACAGAAAUCAGAUCUUGUUACACAUCAGAGAAGUCACACAGGUGAGAAGCCGUAUUCCUGUUCUGAGUGUGGAAAAUGUUUUGUACGGAAAUCAGUUCUUGUUAAACAUCAGCGAUUUCACAGGUGAGAAGCCAUUUUCAUGCUGUGAGAGAAAUGUAACCGCUCUUGUUGAACAUAUUAGACAUUACCCAAAUACGGAACCAUUUAAAUCUUCUAGAGUAUAAUUAUCACUAUCAUGCAAUGUUCCUCAAGGGUCAAUCCUAUCUCCUAAGCUUUAUAAAAUAUACAUGCUACCACUGGGUUAUAUAAUCAGACAUCAUGGCCUGGUCUACCACUGCUAUGCAGAUGACCUGCUUUUUGCUCCAUGUACUGAGAACCGAAUACCAAUCCUAAAUGGUUGUCUAACUGAGCGCCAGUGGUGGAUGAUGCCAGUUGGCUGUGAUUCAGUCUUUGUGAAACAUAAUAGAAGCUCACCAGCAAAGGACAAGACUACAGCUUUACCAACCAUCUGGAUUUAUGCUUUGGUGUUCAUAAUUGCAAAAUACUGAACAUGUGCUGAAUCUUUGUGAUGUCCAGGUUUGUGGCUGACACUGACAUUGGGUAUCUGCCACAUACAAAUCCUCAUUCUUCCAUCUGUGGACCAUAGCCAGAAUCAAGCACUUGAUUCCCUCAGAAGUUCAUAGACUACUGCAAUGCCAUCUACCUGGCUCACCCAGCAAAAUAAUGACAGAGCUUGCAGCUAGUACAGAAUGCAGCAGCCAAGCUGUUACCUAACCAGCCCGUUCCUGCCACAUAACACCCAUUCUCUGCUCCCUUCACCGGCUGCCUGUAAGAUGGAAAAUCUAUUUCAUAAUUGGCUAACUGACCUUCCCAGCCUAACAUUACAUGGUCCACGGUACUAGAAGCAGCUUCUGCCUCCUUACUGCCCUGCUUGCUUGCUUCUACAGAUGAAGGACUGUUACCAGCAGUACCAAGAAUCUCCUGUCAUUCAUUUAUGGGUUGAACGUUUAGUUUUGCAGCCCUGCCUUGCACAGUCCAAGAGGCCUCCACUCUAGAGACCUUCACAAGCAGACUGAUGACUGUUACUCACGCUUUUCAUUAAUGUACCUCUAUUUACUUCCUAAAUAAUACAUCCCAAAUGCUUAGGUCUUUUUUCUGCUGUUUAUUUAGUAUCUUGUGCUUUGUGUAAAUGUGAAUGUCUAAUACCAGUUUGCACAAUCUGUAUUGCUGCACGACAGUAUGGCGGCCAUUGGAACGUGUUUUCACUUCUAGUUUGCCUAACUUGUUGCAGACACUCAUCUUGAUCAGGAGUGUCGAGUGUUUUCUGAUACAAGAUCCUAUUCAUAUAUACCCUGUACAUUAUCAUGUGCAUUAGAGUCACCCGGGUUCCAUCUGCGGUGGUUUGUUGUAUGUUACAUCUAUAUGGUGCGGAGACUCCCCUGUAUUUCAUAAUAAAAGCUUUUGUUUGCAUCUAA